UAUCUGUAUCAACACACAUUAAUACUUGUCUAUACUUUCAUGGAUUGAAUUGAACCCUCGUUUGCGAUCCUUUUCUCUUCAACCACGGGGGUUUUUGACGGAGCUGAACUGCGAUUCCAUUUACUGCUGCAAUCUGGAGCUGAGGUGGAGGGUUUCUGCUCGAUUUUAUUUAUCUUUUCGCCAUCGCAACAGCUGGUUCGCGGCGACAAUUGCUGCCUGCUCAUUCCGAUUUUGGUCUGCUUUUCCUCUCGAGGAUAACAGAAAUACAUUCUCCACUGCUGCAUUCAGAAAAUGCCUGUGAUUGGAACUUGAAAGAUUACCAGCAUGGACUUGAAUGCCUCCCCUGAACCAGAAGAAGAUGAAGUUUUUCCCAAACCACAGUCAGAAGAAGAUAAUGUACAAUACUAUGAACAUGUUGACCAUGAGCAGAGUGGUGCUUCGAUUGCACGCCGGGAGCGUGAAGAAAGGAUCCUAAGGAUGCGCAGACAGCAUCCUGAUGACAGACCAUCUUAUGGUUAUAAGCCAAGUCAGCGUGAUGAUGUGUAUAAAGCUAAAAGGCAGAGACCAAAUAGUAGACUUCCUCCAGGUUGGUUAGACUGCCCUGCAUAUGGGAAUGAGAUAGGAGGUUCUUUGAUCCCUUCGAAAGUUCCUCUAGGCGAAUCAUUCAAUGAAGAAAUUCUACCUGGUAAAAGAUACUCAUCAAAGCAGGUGGUCCAUCAACAGAGAGUUUUAAAUAGAAAGAUCGGUUUGGUGAUUGAUUUGACCAAUUCAAGUAGAUACUAUAAUCUCAAUGAUUGGAGAAAAGAAGGUAUUAAGCAUGUCAAGAUUCCAUGCAAGGGGCUUGAUUCAGUGCCUGAGAAUGAGGCUGUGAAUAAGUUUGUUUAUGAGGUCCAACAAUUUAUGUCUCGGCAAAGGCAACCCAAAAAGCAUAUUCUUGUUCACUGCACACAUGGGCAUAAUCGUACAGGGUAUAUGAUUGCCCAUUAUCUCAUGCGUACAUCGCCUAUGUCUGUCACUCAGACAAUCAAGAUAUUUUCAGAAGCACGUCCACCUGGGAUUUACAAACCAGACUACAUUGAUGCUUUGUAUAGUUUUUAUCAUGAAAAGAAACCAGAGAUGGUUGUUUGCCCUCCAACCCCAGAGUGGAAAAAAUCUUCUGAAUUGGAUCUGAAUGGCGAUGCAGUGCCAGAUGAUGAUGAUGAUGAUGAUGGAUAUCCUACAGCUCCUCCAGAUGAGACUAAUGAGACACGGACAAUGCUGACAAAUGAUGACCUUCUGGGAGAUAACAUUCCCAGUGACCAAGAAGUAGUGAUGCGGCAGUUUGUAUACCAGACUAUGAAGUUGCCUGGAGGGGUUAGAGGACCUCAGCUCUUUCCUGGCUCCCAUCCAGUUUCUCUCAACAGGGAGAACUUACAACUUUUAAGGCAACGUUACUAUUAUGCAACAUGGAAAGCUGAUGGUACAAGAUACAUGAUGCUUAUCACUAUGGAUGGCUGCUAUUUGAUAGAUAGGCAUUUCAGCUUUCGCAGAGUCCAAAUGCGAUUUCCUUGCAGACAUACUAAUGAGAAGGGAGGGGCUGAGAGAAUGUAUCAUCAUUUUACGUUGCUUGAUGGGGAGAUGGUAAUUGAUACUAUGCCUGAUACACAGAAGCAAGAAAGAAGAUACCUUGUUUAUGAUAUGAUGGCCGUUAAUCAGGUUUCCCUUGUAGAGCGACCAUUUUAUGAACGUUGGAAAAUGGUUGAGAAGGAAAUCAUUGAGCCACGGAAUUUUGAGAGACAACACUUAUAUCAGAGUCAAAACCCUUACUAUAGAUAUGAAUUGGAGCCUUUCAGGGUAAGGAGGAAAGAUUUUUGGCUUCUUUCUACUGUGACUAAGCUGUUGAAGGGAUUUAUUCCAAAUCUUUCCCACGAUGCAGAUGGUCUUAUUUUCCAGGGCUGGGAUGAUCCUUAUGUUCCGCGGACACAUGAGGGUCUCUUAAAGUGGAAGUAUCCCGAAAUGAAUUCAGUGGACUUUCUCUUUGAGAUGGUUGAAAGUCACCAGAUUCUCUAUCUCCAUGAGCGCGGGAAGAAGAAAUUGAUGGAUAAUAGGGUUGUGUUUCCCGACGACGGGCCUGAUGCAUCAGCAUAUAAUGGUAAAAUUAUUGAGUGUUCGUGGAACUCAGAGGAAGACGCGUGGGUUUGUAUGAGGGUCAGGGUGGACAAGGGGACCCCGAAUGAAUUCAACACAUACAGGAAGGUCAUGAGAAGUAUCAAGGACAACAUCACCGAAGAUGUAUUGUUGAACGAGAUCAAUGAGAUCAUCCACCUUCCAAUGUACUCUGAUAGGAUACAAAGCGAAAGCAAAGUGCACAAUGCAUCACGUCGUAGGUGAACAAGAAGUUUGAUAAAUGUCUAGCACAUUACUUCUCUGCAGCACCUAAUACAAAACGGAAGAUCUGCAAGAACCAACCACCGAGGAAUGUUGUAUGUAAACCGAUCCGUGGGUGCGCCAUCUCAUGAUUCCAGAGGAAUUAUCUCUUGUUUUCCCCUCUUCUCUUAGCAUAGUCGUCGUAGGUGAUAGCUAGGAAUAGUUAUAUAGGAUGAUGGUCCUUUGUAUAUUAUUGUUAUCAGCUGCAGUUGCCUUGAAUAGAAGUUGGUAAAUUUGUUCAAAAAGUGUGAAGAUCUAAUUUAUUUGUGCUGCCUUCGAUCACCAAA